GAUGGCUUUUAAACGUCAUGUUAUGUAGGUUAUGUCGUCGAGAGCAAAAGUAACAUGGUUGUGACAAUAAUAAUAAGUAACAUUAGGAUAUUUAAGUUAUUUUAGUUGUGCUUCCUUAACAAUAAUGUCUGAAAAUAAGUCAGUGCUGCAGUGGACAACGCAAGACACUGCGUUAAUGUUAAAAAAGGAGGAUUUCAGUGAUGCUGCUGUUCAUUUUUUGUGUCAUGAAAACAAAUUGAACGGUAAAUGUUUAUUAGCUUUAAACGACCAAGAUUUUACAAUAAAACCUUUAAUAAAUUUACCGUUAAGGGACAGAAAAUAUUUGUAUUUAUAUUGUAAAUCAUUGCAAAACAAAAACCAAAAUGUGCUUUCCGAUCUGGGAUUAUUAGACACAUCGAGUGUGAGUUUAUAUAACAGUCAUCAUAAUUAUAAACAGGACAGUGAAUACUGUGAGUCUGAGAGGGUUUCACCCCCAAUUUCAGAAGAUGGGCAAUAUCAAAGACUACCACCAGAAAAAGUUAAAGCCUUCCUAAGUUUUUGUUAUGUUGUUUUUGUUACAUGGAUCACAGCCUUUGUUAUGGUUAUUGUUCAUGAUAGAGUGCCUGACAUGAAGAAAUAUCCACCUUUGCCAGAUAUAUUUUUGGACAAUGUACCACAUAUUCCAUGGGCUUUUGAUAUGUGUGAAGUAACUGGUACAUUUUUAUUUACUAUUUGGUUAAUAGUUUUAUUAUUUCAUAAGCACAGAUUUAUAUUAAUGCGAAGAUUCUUUGCUCUCUCCGGAACAGUGUUUCUUUUGAGGUGCGUGACAAUGUUGAUCACUUCGCUGAGCGUGCCAGGAGCUCACUUACAAUGUGAGCCCCGAAACUAUCCGAUGGCAGACGGAAGCCUUUUUGGCGACCUACAGACCAAAAUUUCUCAGGCGUACAUCAUUUGGCGGGGCGCUGGCAUGUCCAUACAAGGCGUUAGGACUUGCGGGGACUACAUGUUUAGCGGACACACGGUCGCGUUGACUAUGUUGAAUUUUUUUAUUACAGAAUAUACUCCGAGCUACAUCUACUAUCUCCAUACGCUAUCAUGGAUGAUGAACAUGUUCGGAAUAUUUUUCAUUUUGGCCGCGCACGAGCACUACUCCAUCGACGUAUUCGUAGCGUUUUACAUCACGAGCAGGCUGUUUUUGUACUAUCACACCCUCUCAAACAACCAAGCCUUGAUGGCACGCGAUUCGACAAGAACGAAAGUGUGGUUUCCUCUCUAUUCGUAUUUCGAAUCGGGCGUUGAAGGCAUCGUACCGAACGAAUACGACACGCCGAACGAGAUUUGCACAAAUUUCGUCGAAUUUCUCAAGCAUAUGCUUAUCAAUGUGAAAGAGUUGCAUACGUUGGUCGCGGCCAAAAGCAAUUCGGCCACAAAUCAGAUAAUCGAGUCUGUUAGUAAAACCAGCAUAGGAGAAAACAACAAAACUAAAUAACAUCUACCAAAUAUUACAUUUAAUAAAUAAUUUGUACAUUGUAU